CAUCGGUCAUCAGUAAGGCAGCGACAAGACUGAAGUGAGAGGGUGGCAGUGUGUGAGAGGCAGGAGGGAGGAUGGGAGAGUCGUGUUAUCGAUGAGACCUCACUCACGCGACGCCUCACUCUCUCACCCACCCACCCUCUCACCCUGUACCACCUGCCGCCCUCCGCCCGCCGCCUGACACCAACACUGCCUCCCUCGCACACCCGCCCUGUUGUCGUCAAUAGGCAGAUGGACCGAAUCACACAGGUGGUGAGCCUGCGAGGGCCGAGGAAGGCAGGGCCGAGUGAGCCAAGAAACGAAAGCGUGUCGUGUCGUGAGUGGCGGUGCUGUGGCUGUGACAACCUGCAUAUUGUGCAUAGACCUGAGAACUGCUGCCUUCACCUGUGACCUGAGGCGAGGCUGUGGGUCGGCAUCACGUCGGUAGGCCGUGUUAUGCUCAACUGACACAAUCACGUACAGUGUGUCCUCCCAGUGUGCACAAUGACGGUGGAAAGCAGUAGCAGUGCGGACCUCACCACACUCUUCAAGUCAUGUGUGAAGACCAUCCGCACCCGCAACAAGGCCAUGGGGGUCACUCUGCCACAGACCAAGAUCUUUCCCAGCGCCCCAACACCUUCCUCACAGUUUUAUUCCCGGGCACGUGAUGUGAUGAGCAAUAUAACGAGUCACAGGAACCUCCUCCAUGAUCAUCGCAAGAAGUACCUCCAGCACCAGGACCACUCAAUGUCAGACUGUGAAAGAAGUUACAUGGAAAAGGUGGUGAAGACUAAUCUACGCAUUAUAGACGACAAUAUCCGCACACUCAACACUGACCUGCAGGGGGAGCAGCUAGGCUCAAAGGAUGCUCAGGAGUGUCAGCAGAACAUUAUGACAAUACUUAGAAUGAACUUCCAAGAGAUUAACUCAACUUUUAAACACAUGAAAGAACUUAGGAAAAAGAAACAAAAGGAGAAGGACAAUCUGUAUCGACUGCAGCGACCUGCUGGCUCCAAGAAGCAAAGCAGUAGCAUUGCCGAUGGAAUCCAGAGAACACCUAACACAGCGCUGCGGGAGAGCCAAGAAUCUAGUCAGAGUGCCUUGGAGACAUCCCAGUCUGAAUGGAGUGAUUGGCCUGAAAGUCCUGAUGCGGAUCAUUCAAGCCAAGAUGGAAAUCAAGACAGGGAUGACAAAGAAGCCAGAGGUAGAAGUAGUAGUGGAACAUCAGAUGUGGAGAAAAAACAAACGUCAUAUUUGGAAGAGGAAGUGGAGAAGAUGCUUGAAGAGCUCAGUGCAGAGGAGAGGCAGAUGCUUGAAGAGGAGAAUACUCACCUGUACAAAGAGCUCCAGUCAAACCACGAGGAAGUGCGGCAGAUCACCAGACAGGUUGUGGAACUGGGCCAAAUGCAAGAUCUUCUCUCAGAAAAUGUUGACCUUCAGACAACUCAGAUUGACAAGAUACAGGAGACAAUAAUAGCAGCAACAGAAAAUGUUAAGUCAGGCAAUGAACAAGUCCGAGAGGCAAUGAGGAAGGACGCAGGGUUCAGGGUGUGGAUCAUGUUCUUCCUCAUCGUGAUGUCGUGUACAAUACUGUUCCUGGAUUGGUAUAAUGCUUGAAUAAGUGAUAGAUGUGUAUUUAUGAAUUAUUGAAAGUUGUUUAUAUCAGUUUCUUGUUUAAAAGUGGCAACUUACGUGGCGAUAAAGAUAUUUAUUAUAUCAAUAUAUAAUAUUAGUUAUUUAUAUUUAUUGAGAUGGGAAUCUGGUGCUUCUAUAGUGAUAAUAUAAUUAGUAUUUUGAUUUUGUUGAAAAUAAUAGUAUUUUGAUUUUAUUAUUAUUAUUAUUUUUUUUUUUAUUUAUGAUAAUCAUUCAUAAUGCAGGCAUACCUUGAAAUAUAUUUUGAUGGCACCAAAUAAAUGCUGAGCUAUGCA